AUGCAUACCAAAUGUUCUAUUCGAUCGUUUCUGAAAAUUUCAGAUGGGCUAAGAAUAGCAUUUUUUGGUACAGAUUCAUUUAGUGUUGAGGCAUUAUCACGGGUUAUAGCAAGUGGCAAGCGCAACCCUGGAAUGAUAUCGAGCUUGGAUGUAAUAACACGGAGUAUCAAGCCACAGGGACGAAAGAGAGAAUUUGUGGAUGUUCCAAUUGGAAUAUAUGCGGGAAAUCAUAAUAUCUCAAUACAUCGCGCAGAUACUAAUAAAGAAAUUAUGGAUAUAACUAGCGAAAUAGGGCCAAAUAUGGCAAUUGCGGUAUCAUAUGGGAAACUCAUUCCUGCUGAAUUAUUGAAUAAUUUAAAAUUUGGUGGCUUAAAUGUUCAUCCUUCACUCUUGCCUAAAUAUUCAGGCUCAUCACCUAUUCAAUACACCCUAAUGAAUGAUGAUAAGAAAACCGGUGUCACCGUACAAACAUUGCAUCCUUCAAAGUUUGACCGAGGAGCUAUUAUUGCACAAUCUGAAGAACAAAACAUUGAAGAAACUGAUAACUAUCAUACCCUUCUUAAUAAACUUGGGAUAAUCGGUAGCGAUUUAUUAGUGGAAGUGUUAGAAAAACAAUUAUAUUUGCAGUCACAUACUAAUAUAGAACAUCUGAAUUAUGAAUUUUCCUUAGCACCCAAGAUUCUUCCAAGUGCUAGCCAGAUCAAAUGGGAUGAGCAUACUAACAGACAGAUAAAGCGUUUGAAUGAUGCGUUGGGACCACUACACACAUUCAAGAGAUGUAACCUUUUACGGAAAAAGAAAUCCAUUGAAGAACUUCACAAGGUAAUUCUUGAAGAUAUUGGUAGUUGUAAUUCUAUCUAUGAUCGGAAAGAACCUGGUACAUUUCAUUCAGGAACGGGGAAUGAUAAUAAUCAACUUAUUGUUCAUACAAAAGAAGGUGCGGUUUCAGUUGGUAAGAUCAAAAUGCAAUAUUGCUCUUAUGAAGACCCAAUUACUUUCAUGUCAAACAUACAAAAACGGUCUGGUAAUACAGAUUUAAAAUUUAGCAUUAAUUAA